UUUAAAAGAAAGAGAGGAAUAAUAUCAUAUAACAUCAUUUUUUUCUCUGCGGAAAAGCUUCAGAAAUAAAUUAGAGAUUUCCCUCUCGAAUUCGAUAAUGGCGGGCGACUCCUCCCCCGGAUCAUUCAAAGCAAAAUGGGGAGUUUCACCAUCCGAUGUUUUUUAUCACUUCGGCACGAGUGGAAUGUCUGUUGCUGCUGCAACGGCCGUUACUCAUCCGUUAGAUGUUCUCAAAGUCAGACUGCAAAUGCAACGUAUUGGCCAAAGAGGUCCGUUAAUCGGCAUGGGAAAACUUUCUAUGGAAGUAGUUAAAAGUGAAGGACCGAGGUCCUUGUAUUUAGGAUUGACACCUGCAUUAAUGAGGUCAGUUCUUUAUGGAGGUCUCCGUUUAGGCUUAUACGAACCAUCAAAAUAUGUCUGUGAAAUGGCUUUUGAGUCCACCAAUGUCUUGAUGAAGAUUGCAUCUGGUGCAUUCUCCGGCGCUUUUGCUACCGCGCUUACAAAUCCAGUUGAAGUUUUGAAGGUUAGGUUGCAGAUGAAUACAAAAGUCAAAAGUGGGCCCGUACAGGAGUUUCGGAAAAUUGCUUCAGAAGAGGGAGUGGCGGCCCUUUGGAAGGGGGUAGGGCCUGCAAUGACCAGAGCUGCUGCAUUGACUGCAUCACAGCUUGCAACAUACGACGAAUCCAAGCUGGCGUUGAUGAAAUGUACUUCUAUGCGAGAAGGAUUUUAUUUACAUUUAACUGCAAGUAUCAUAGCAGGCGCAGUGAGUACCGUCAUCACUGCACCUAUCGAUAUGGUUAAAACCAGACUUAUGAUGCAACGAGAAUCUAAGAGAGCUGGAAACUAUAAAAGUGGGUUCCACUGUGCCUACCAGGUUCUGCUAACAGAAGGUCCUCGAGGUCUUUACAAAGGGGGUUUUGCACUUUUCGCGAGACUUGGCCCACAAACGACUAUAACCUUGAUACUAUGUGAGAAGCUGAGGGAACUUACAGGACUAAAGGCACUCUAGGAACACGGACAAAUCGAAACCUCGUUGAAGAAUUGAUGAUGAAACUGGUACUUACUCGUAUUUUUUGAAUUUUUAAAUUCAACCUCGUGACAACAAUUUAUACAGGUAUAAAUCACCUUUUUCUCUAGAUAAAAAUAGGUCAUUUGUUUUACAAAUAUCACAUAAAUGCCUUCCUUGAUUGCUGUAUCCUUUUAACUUCCAUUUAAGGGCCAGUCUGUACCUCAUUGGGGGACCAUUUUUAGACUGUUGUUUGUAUUCAUUGUAACCAACAGUGAUAUUGACUUUUUUUCCAGGAUUAUAUCUGUUUUUUCUUUUU